GGUAGUGACACGCCCUCCUCCAUCCGGAUCCGGGAGAAUCAGCGACGCUCGCGUAAUCAGCGCAAGGAACUCAUCCAAGACUUGCAGCGUCGCGUUCAGGAGUAUGAGGCCAAAGGAAUCGCAGCAACGCAGGAGAUGCAGCGCGCUGCGCGCAAAGUUGCCGAUGAGAAUGCACGCUUGAGAAGUCUGUUAUCCAGUCGCGGUGUCGCACACGAGGAGAUAGAGGCGUAUUUGCGCUCGUUUGAUGCUGCGAGCACUCCGAACCAUUCGUCCGCGAAUCGCUAUGCUUUACCAGUAUCGAGGCCACCUGUUUUGGCGAUCCCAGCAGCAAGCUCUUUUGGGUACAUGGCGUCGCCUGUCUCGCAGGCUCGCGCACCAACUCCGACGCAGCUUCCAGUCCAAGCUCCUGCCCAAGCGGUGUUUCAGCAGCCGGCGCACUCGCCACCUCACCCUUCGGCAUUGGCGUACACACAGUCUCAGGACCCUCGCCGCUCUUUCGUCAGCACAAUACAGCACGCAGCGUGUGAUUCAGAGAAAGAGAAUCUUGCUACGGUAACAACACCUAUCCUUUCGCAUGAGCCGAGCGUAGUACCGGACUCGAAACCACCUACCUGCUGUAAACCAGCUGAGCCUACGGCACUUAACUAUUCUCGAGAGACGGAUGACGCAAUGCCCGAUCAUGUCUCCGCCUCGUCACCUGGUGGAAAGGAGUAUGCCGACUGUCCCAACACUACCAGUUGCUUCUGCCCUCCCUCUUUUGCACCUCAACAACAGUCCCUUGAUUCCGGUCUGCUGAUAUCCUGCGAGACAGCUGCUUCUAUCAUUGCGGAGAUGCGCGGUGAUGGUGAUAGGCAAAGGAUCAGAGCAAGUCUGGGCUGUCAUGGCGACAAAGAAUGUAGUGUCAAGAACACUCUUGUUCUGGAGCUGAUGGACGAAAGGUAG